AUGACUGUAGCCAGGGGUACUAUGGGUUACAUUGCACCUGAAGUCUUCUCUAGGAACUUUGGAAAUGUUUCUUACAAAUUAGAUGUCUAUAGUUUUAGAAUUUUAUUGCUUGAAGUAGUUGGAGGAAGGAAAAAUGUCGAGAAUAAAGUGGAUAACACUAAUCAAGUUUACUUUCCAGAAUGGAUCUACAAUUUCUUGGAACAAAAAGAAGACUUACGAGUCCUCAUUGAGGAUGAUGAAGAUGCUAAAAUUGCAAAAAAACUUGCAAUUGUUGGACUUUGGUGCAUCCAAUGGCACCCAGCGAGUCGUCCUUCUAUGAAAGUUGUCACUCAAAUGUUGGAAGGAGGGAAUGAAUUAACUAUGCCUCCUAAUCCAUUUGGCUCGACAAAUCCCACAAGAAUGAAUCUAGACCAAAAGUUUGAUGUCAUCCUGGAACAAGAGUAA